AUGGCUUAUGGAGAAGAAUUUUACACACAAGUCUUGAAUUUGACCUCGUCACAAUCUCAUUACAUCCAUGCACAACAAACAUGGAGAUUGAUGUUUGUGGUUUUCUUACCUUUUAGCUUGCAAAACUCUCAUAAAAUCAUCCCUAACAAUGCAGUGGAGAAAGGAGUUAAAAAAUGUCUCUUAUCAUCGCCAACUGUCCCAACCACUUCCAAACAGCGUGGAAUAACGAAAUUCGGUUUAUUACGAACAUGUUCACAUACCUUUGCGGUGUUGUUUCUCAUCUGCCCACAAAACAUCAACAGCGUCAUUGCUUCCCAAUCAUAA